AGUUAGUCACGAUCCUGGCGUCGUGGUGCAUCACCCUCCGGUCUUCGUGUUAUCUGUCUAAAUGAAAAUCACCCAAGUGUGUCAUGCAAAGUAGGCUAAAAGACUGGCACGUGAUAUACCUCUGAUAACUUUGCUCCUGGCUUAUCGCGCCUGUCAUCAUCCUGCCUAUCAACAUUUACCUUACGAUAGUGCCUUCUCCGUUAUCCGUGCUAAUCCUUUGGUCAAUGCGUAAAAGCUCCGUUAAUAUAUCCAUCGGGCGCGGAUUUUCCAAACGAUAAAAAGAAUAUUUAAGUGAUCGUUCAUCUACGUACAUCCUUCAUAUUUCCCAAUAAUUUAGGUUACUCCAAGAAUAAUAUGGAAAGACGUAGAUCCAUCAAUGGGAGCCUCAAUGAGCAUACUCUACCUAUUCCAGUGCAGAUGUUCCUCUGGCGACAGUUAAGGCCUUUCAUACGAAUGAAACUUGGAAAAUUACAUGAAGCAUCCUGCACGUUCUGUCAACACGUGCCAGGCCAUCACGAGAUGAAGGAAGCCUGCACGUCUCUAGAGAAAGUGUUGGUCCAAAAUCUCCACAAUGAUCUGACGCCGUCUUUGAGCAUAAUAUUGGGCGCGAUGCCACGUUGGCGUUUGAUUCAGGCAGCACUACCAUACGUUCUCCACGCGACAGCCAAUCUUUUGCACAAUAGGAAGGAUCUUCAAAGUCUCGGUGCAAUGGAAACGACACUUCUUUAUAUCCUUCAUUGGAUCUUACUUGAUGCCGCCGAGGAAUGUGCCGAACCCGACGUCGAUUCAGGAAAUCCUUUCCAUUAUUUAUUCUCGAUACCGACGAUGACGCUGUUCGUCUAUCUCUUCGCUCCGCUCUGCAAUUAUUUAAAGGACAUCGAUUUCAAGACAAAUUUGCGACUGGAAAACGGUUUAAAGAUAUGGACUGCGAUGUACGAAUGUCGGCAUCCCGAUACACCCUGCUUCACGGCCCAUUGCCGGGUAAAGCCUCGUGUAUUGUGGAAUCGUUCUUUUAAAUUCGUUCAACAUCAUCAAAUGCCGGACGAUGUUUUCGUCGGUGGAAACAGCGAGAGCCCACUCAGUCAAUCGGUGGUUAAUACGUUGACCGAUCAGAAUAAUAUUUCUCAGAAUGUUUCUCAGAGUGUGGAGAAAAAGCAGGACGAGGAAAGUCCUUGGGUAUCUUCGCCAAAGGAUACUGCAUUUCCGGAAACAAUACCCGAAGAGAAUUCAGGUGCCGAAGAUGAACACGUGGUUAUAUUCAGAUUGUCGUCACUGGGCGAGUCCGAUAGAGGAAUCGACGGGGUAAAAGAAGUGUCAACUAUAUUCGCCGAUGAAACCAGCAUAUUUCACGUUGCCAUGGGUAGAAGUAUCGGUUCAUCGAAAUCUACCCUUACGAUAGAGAAAGUAACAGCAAUUUCCGGAUUGGAUAGUUGCAGGCAAUAUUACAGGAAGCCCUCUCAAAGAGCGAGUACGGAAAAGGAGAAAGAAGAAAAGGCAUCUAAGACGGAGAAAGAGGCGGAAAAAGAGAAAAGUAAUUCAAAAACGUCGGGUCAACAUCAAAGCUCGCCGUCCGAUACGUCAGGUCAGACGGCUGAUCAUAUUCUCGAGGUUGAUAUUCGGGCAGCAACGUUUCUCGACGUAGCUGUUCUUAGAUGUCUCUUCGUAUCUCAAUGGCAAGAAGAAGGAGUAUAUUGGGCCUUGCAGUUUUUAUAUCAUCGAUUGCGUAGGAUAAAUGAGGAGAGUUCGGUGCAACAGAUGCCUCGUCGACGUAGUAACUCCUUGCCAAUACCAAAGAUCGAGGUCUCUAUUUAUCAGAGUCCCGAGAGCAAAAAGAAAGACGUUUCGAAAGAUUUCAUAGAGAUUCCAGAAGUACGAGAUGUUUCUUUGCUGGCGGAAUUACCGUGCCUAACUUGCAAAGGUCACGACGGAGAGUCAAGCCAUACGAGACGUGCUAGCGAAAAGACGAAAAAACGUAUGAAAAUGGCCGAUCUCAAAGCUUUCGUCGAGACAAAGAUAUUGUCAAAAUCGGAGAAAGCCCUUGAAAAGAUUGGUCAGGAAGAGCACAAGAUGCUAUUCGAACAGGAAUGUCACAGGAGCCUUGAUACGGGUGACGACCACUUGACGAGACCAACAUCAACGAGUUCGAAAAUCUUCGAAGCGAAAGACGUCGAUCAUAUAAAGCAUCCAACUAAUUUAAUUAAAGGAAAGAGCAUGCCAAGUUUGAGCUGCUUGAUUAACGAGCUGACCGCGGGAGGGUACAUUGGUGACACGCGUAUCGAGAGGAAACAAGGUCGAUUUUAUAGUCAAUCCUACACCGCACCAAACCCUAUCAUCACCGUCACGGAACACACGCCUACUCCGUCACCAGAUUAUAUGAAACGUCAGGGAUCGAUCGACAGUCAAUUGGAUGCUAUCGGUAUGCAAGGUGGGAAAUUGGACUUUGAGAGAAAGCCUAGCCUAACGAGAUCUCAAACGGAUUCUAAUAUAACUUAUAUGAGCGACGAGGUGCCAGAAGCUCCUGGUUCAGGUUGUUACAUCACUAAAGAGGGUGACAUCGAUUACCAAGUGGUCUUGAAGGCCGUUAAUUCGAUCGCAUUGCGUGACAAUACCUGUUGCACGGUUCGCGUCUGCGAAAAUAUUUUAAACCUCGUUGAACUCUUAAUGGACAUGGGAGUGAUGAAGCAAUGUCUUAGAGACGAGUCUAUGGGUAGUAAUCCCGGUUCGGGCACGGGAAUGGAGAAAACGGAAUCCGUACGAAGGCAGGACUCUCCCUCAACGACGAACGAACAAGAUCGUAGGCACGAUUCCGAUGGGAACCACAAACCAACCGCCCAUAAUCUUUUAAUGAACUGCGUUAUCAGAGUACUGAAGCAUUUGGGUUGCCCGCACGGAUGCUCCGAGGGAAUACACGGACCACACGCGGACUUUUGUCGUUCUCAGGGACAAACGAUAUUGGGAAAAUUACAUCGAGCGAGUUUCAAGCAAUUUUCCAAGUUCCUCAAGACAAUGAUACGCGAACAACCGAUCACGGAAAUCCUAGACUUUUUUCAUGCUUACGUUGGCUUCUGCGUCGAUCCAACUUCCUUGUUAUCUCCGCUGAUUAUAAAAUGCUUAAUAGAUCAGAAACGAGGCUCCAACAAGUCACCGGACGCGGCAUCUCAAGGUGGGUACGCGACGAAUUUUGGCGCCGGUAUGAUGGGCGGCACCGUUUGUAGUAACGUUGGUACUACCGCGACUACUGCGCCUCACACAACAGGAACGACGACAACUGCAGGAAGUACAAAUAUCGCAUCGGUAAACGCAUCCUACGGGACAGGUAGCCACGGCGUUCGCGGAAUCGAGGGCCAAAUAAUGAAUUGCGUUUUCAAGACCCUCGUUACUCGCUUCGUAAACUCUACGAAAGAAUUAAAGUCCCAAGAAAAUAUUGGGGUUUAUUGCGAUCUGAGGCAAUUCAUGACUUAUGUUAAGGAGGCUCACGGUGGUAUAUUUCGGCGUGUGGCCUUGAGCGGCAUUUUAGAUUCCACCGAUCGUCCCAACAAGCGUUGCAAUAGCAAGGUUCAAACAACACGCGUCAUCAGGCACAUACACCAAUCCGAUUUGGAGGAGCACGCGGAUAUUGGUGGCGAUACCUGUUACACGGUAGACGACAGAGGCACCAGAAAAUUUCUUUUCAAGAAGAGGAGUACUUCCUCGACUUGCGCAAGCCUACUUGAAACUGAAUUGAACGAGGAGAAUACGAAAAUAAGCCAGAGCCCAUUGGGGAAUUUGCGUAAGAAACAGCACGUAUUGACGCCUAGACAGAGCGAACGCAACUUAGGAAUCGGAGAAUCCUGUUUAGGAUCAGGAAAAAUACGAAAGUCAACUCGCUUUCAAAUCGGUGGUAUCGUGAAUUGGUUUCGAAAGGAGUACGGUAGGACAGAUUCCACGGACAGUCAUGAAAGCAGCGAGUCACCCACGGACGGUAGUUUCGUAAGACAACCGAGUCUACAUUAUUACGGGCAUCACCGUAAUACGUCACGAACUAGUCGCGGGGUUGGACAUACCCUACAAAAGGCAAGGCGCCGAAUGGAAGAUCAAUGGAAUAAAAUCGGUUUUGGUAAGAGCAAGAAAAAGGAAAGUUUAGAAGAGCCAACCGGUAUCUAUUUUAGCAGAAGAAAUUCCAUGGAAUUGGGCGAAGCUUCGAGGGAAUCAGAAUUUGUCGUUUUGAAAGAAAGAAGAUUAGUACCUCGCACGGCCAUCUACGACGGGAUGCUGAGGUUUUCUUUCCUAUUGGAAACGUGCCAACCUGGCUCCGUACCCGAUCACCAUUUGAUGGCAGCUAUAUUGGACCUACCUUACGCGCCAGUAGUCGCCCGUGCCUGUUUGAUAUUGGAAUGCGCCCACCUCGUUCAUCAGUGUAACAAAGGGCAUUGGCCAACGUGGAUGAAAUUGAACUUUCCCAUGUUCCGACCGUCGGUGCCAAUUAAUAAUCGUAAUGCAUCGUCAGCACUUAGGCGAAUCCACGUACUCCAGAGAACAGCGGGAAAAUUAUUUUAUCAGUGGGCGGAGGCAAUAGGCGCGAGACUGGAGGAAUUAUUGAUCGAGGAAAAGCAGAAUGUCGAUCAGGUAAUAGCAAUGGUUUCCGAUGAAAACAAGCAACGCGAUUUAAUCAUCGAAGACGAAGAGGAGGAUUUCCUUGACGAAGCUAGCAUAAAUAGCUAUGGAUCGCAGUGUCCUGUGGCAUUGCGCCUUGUCGCUUGUAUACUUCUAUUGGAGGUAACGGCCUUUCUUAGGGAAACCUAUCAGACGUUACCAAAGUCCAAUAAGCUAUUAACGAAGGAACGACCGCCACCUUGGGAGCGAAUGCAUAGCAAAGAGGCAAAUCGAAGAUGGAGCGUAGCCCUCUCGUCGAUGGGCCACUCUCAAACGUCCGCCCAAAGUCUUCAAUCGAUAGCUGGCGAUCGCGAAGUGACCGCCGAACGCAAGAUCAGCUUCGUUCUUUAUGAGCCUGACAACGAGUCGGAAGGAAGUAGCAAAUCUACAGUGACGAUUCAGGGUGAGGAAGGACCGAACGUUGUUGAUAAGGAUAAGGGCAAGCGGUCUCAGGCGCCACAGGGUAAGCCAUUUUUAUUGCGCCGUGGUACCGGGGGUACCACUACUGGUUCAUUUAAGAAGAGGAGCUUAAAACUACGCCGUGGGACCAAAGAGGGCAAGGACACCGAGUGCGAAGCAUAUACGGUUAAACGGGCCGAUUCGAUACAAUCGAAGAGAAAAGUGAGUUCAUUGUCCGACAGAAGCGACACCUCCGAGCCCGGUGGUUUAGGCGGAGAGGUCAGCGGGGAGGAGUCACCCGGUAUUUUAAGCGACGAUCAGCCCCCGGAAAGCCCUAGCGACAGUAAUGAAACAGACGAAACCAAUAAAAAUUUUCCUUGGAUGAAGGUGCUCGUGCAAGUUUCGAAUUCUUUUAAUUUUUAUUGCUCCCAUCAAAACUUUUGCCAUCCAUUUUGCCAUCGCCGUCAAAUGCGUGCCAGCAGCAGACUGAUCAAAUCCGUAAGGAAGAUUUACGGCGAGGAAUUUGGGAUACUCAAUGGUACGGGUAUGUUCGACAUCGAUACCGAGAAAAAAGAGGACGGCAAGAAAGAGAAACGAAGCCGCAAGGUAUCCGAGCAGACUAGCACCCAAGUGUCGCCCGUCAAAAGAAAAGACAGCGUAGGACGGAAGUACAAAAUCGAGAAGAAUCUCGAGUCGGGAUCACAGUCGGGUCGAUUGUAUCAAAGGGACUCGUCUAAGGACCUGGCGGAUCAAGACUCUGGGGAUAAAGGGAAGGAAUCGUCGAAAAAUAUCAAGGGAAAAGGAGAUGCCGAAGCUGAGACACCACCGAUCCUGAAGUACAUUAAGACACAAGUAAAAAAUGCUUUUCACGCCCCUAUAGCGACUCUGGUAAAAGGUGCGGUUGUUAUGACCGAAGAUCUGUUUGUCGACGUUCUACCGGUCGCGUGGGAACUCCUUUUGGAAUCCAAUCAAGAAGUGGCGGCUUCCGCUGCGUCCCUUUUUAUAGUAGCGGCUGUAAGAGCGCCGAAUCAGGCCAGCGAAAUAAUGAACAAUGGUCUUCAACACAGUAAUUCGUCGGUGCGAAUAAAUGCUAUAUUGAGAUUUCAAGUAUUGUGGAAAUUGCGUUAUCAGGUCUGGCCUAGAAUGGAAGAGGCGGCCCAUAUGACUUUCAAAGUUCCACCGCCAGGGAUAGAAUUUACCUUGCCAUCUCCGAAAAUUGGAAUUGAGUCUUUACCAGUUGUCGAUCCACCUUGGAUGCCUCAAGUUAAAACGAAGGUCGAAGAGGUCACCAUCAAUCAGGAGCGUCACAGAUCAUUGGUUACGGCGACUAAAACACGAAAGAAACAGCAGACCGAGUUAAUAAAGAAAGCUCUACAGGCGCAAGACGAUAAGAAGAGAGAGGAAAGGGAAAAUUUUCUGAUAACAACGAUACCGAUUACCGUUCAAGCAGCCUACGAACCUAGUCCGGUGGGGGAUGAUCAUGACGAAGACAUAGAUAUGUCGCCCUGCAUUUUCCUCUCCUUACAUGUAAAUUACGCGUAUGUAAGGGGUUAUGCGGUAACGUUGUUAGGUAACGUUGGAGAUGAGGACGGUGCUGAGGCGAUGCCAAGAAAUACUCAGCAUCAUGGUCAAUCAGCUCUGUCAUUGUUUCCAUCCUCUUUGUGUUCCGCUAUCGUUCAAAUAAUAAAUUUAUUGGAUAACGCCGCCGUGUCCGACGAUGGGAACGCUGUUUAUGAAGUUGCGUAUCAGGUGAUCUGGGGAUGUCUUGUAGAAGAUAGUGCGCUCUUCCUUCGUUACGUUUUGGAACGCCUUACAAGGGAUAAGCAAGAAUUGAUGUUUAAAAUUCUACGACAUCUUAUUAGAUUUGUCCCAAAGCUACCGCAGCAAGCAGCGUUUGCUUUGUACAAUUACAUUAUAGGUUAUGUGAUGUUCUACGUUCGUUCACCUCACGAGGAAGGCCAGAAAUUGAUCGGCACUGCUCUAUCUAUUUUAUGGAUGGUCGUCCACAGUGUACACGGUAUAAUGUUCAAAGAUCUCAAACAAAUCCUUCGCAAAGAACAAUGCGACGCUUCGAUUUUGCUAACCGCAAACGUUCCUUCGGCAAAAAAGAUUAUUGUUCACGGUCCCCAGGAUCCUGACGCUACUGGUAUACCGUCCCAAUUUCCGGUACAGGAAGACACACAGUUUUGUCAGAUACUCCGGGAAUCGUUGGAUUUUUUUGGAAUCGAAGAGCCAAAGCACAAAGAAUACUUCCUUGUAGAUUAUAAAACACAUCAGAUACACAAUCCAUCGUCGUACGUUCGGGAUUAUUACUUUUUUAAAAGAUCUCAGUAUCCACAAAUUGAAUUGGUUCAUAUGAAACCAGAAGAUGCAUUUAAUGCGCUUCAGCGACAAGAGCUUGUUCACAAGUUCGUCGAAAUUGGUAAAGUUCUAUUGACAUGGGCAAUAUUGAAGAACGUUGACAUGGUCGUACAAAGAGUCGUAUUUCUGCACGAGGAACUUAUGAAAUUACCAUCGUUUCCUAGAAAAGCUUUGGAAGCAGAUUUGGAUCUUUAUAAGGGUGGUGAGAUAGGCAGAGAGCUACUUGGAUUAGACGUGAUGCACAAAUUCAUGUGGGUUAGACUGAUAGCCAGGAUGUUCGAGGCAAUGGCCGGGAACUUUGCUUACUCCGGGGACAUCCAUUUAUUCCUCAACGUGUUAAACGGCGCCGUUAUCCUUCAUAGCGAGGACUCGUGCAUUUUACGAUACGUUAUCGCCACCUACAUAAAUGCCGCGCAUAAUUUUAAAAAUAUAUUUUCAACAAAUGGCUAUCUCUUGAUAAUGCCAACGUUGCUGCAAUUGUACGCGACUCAUCAAGCUAACAAAUUGGUAACAACUACGGUAGAAUACGCCGUUAAGCAAUUUUACUUGAUGAACAGAAAACCGUUUAUCCUUCAAAUGUUUGGAAGCGUAUCGACGAUAUUGGAUACCGACGAGACAAGUGUCCACGGAGAAGCUCACAAAGUACCCUCGACGUGUCUGUUCAACCUUUUAUUGAGUUUGGAAACGCCAUCGCCCGAUCCUUUAAAUAUCGGAGAACUUGUCAAGGAAGAGAAGCCUUUAAAAGCUAUUGACUUUUGUUAUCACGACGAGAAUGAAAUGGUUACUGUACUAGAUUGCAUAUCACUCUGUGUCAUGGUUAUUGCUUAUGCCGCGGACUCCAUUCGGGGACAACAAAUGCUUAUAAUAUUAGAAGCAAUAUUGCCGUGUUACGUCCAACAAAUUCAAUCUCCUACUUACAACAAGGAAGGAAAAACCGAAAAAGAAAUAAUUAAUCAAUUGGCUAUAGCGGUUAAAACGUUGGUUAAUAAUUCGGAGGCACUAACUAAAUAUUACAACGGACCACAAAAGUCAAGCCCCGAACACAAGGGAUCCAGUCAAAGAAAUUAUGGUAAAGGUCCUUACUCGCCGGGUUGCGUAGAUUUUGAGGACGAAACGCAUCCCACAAAGGGCCAAGCCCACAUCGAACAUUCGAAAGUGCGAAAUUUCUACGAUCGCGACGACGAUGCCGAGAGUUCGCAUAAAAAUGAAUUUAGGAGACCGCGCGAUACUUUACUCAAUAUGGUGAGCGAAUUCGUUGCCCGUUCUUCCGUACGCUUGACCGAGUUGAAUAAAAAGUCUCAAGAUGGUAAAACGAUCGAGUUACUCGACUCAAAAUGUCACGUGCGAUUAGCUGAUAUUGCCCAUAGCCUUUUAAAAAUUUCCCCUUACGAUUCUGGAACGAUGGGAUGCCGUGGUUUAAGGAGAUACAUGAACGACGUUUUACCAUCCACCGAAUGGUCAAACGACGACAUGAGACCAGCAUUGACAAUUAUUUUACGUAGACUUGACAAGACCUUCAGCAAGAUACAUAAAAAGGCGUCGAUCAGACGAAAUACCGACUGGACCGCGGCCAGCGAUCUUUUGAAAGGCGUUUAUGAGACCCUCGCAAGGUGCCCCUAUAUAGCGCACUUUCAAUAUUUGAAAACUCUACUGAGUACAUGUCAGUCUCUAAUUAUCGGCGAUACUCCUGCCGAAGACGUAACCUCUGCAUCAUCGGCCGCUUUAAUGAGUAAAAUACCCCCGCAAUAUUUUUGUUCAACUGUCUUACGUCUAAUAGCGUUACAUGUGAUUUCUCUUGGCGAGGGUUAUUCUUUGGAAAAUGUUUGUAACGGCCAAGCUAUGUUUUCCAAUCAGACAAAGACGGAGAAUAUGCUACUCAAUCUAUUGAUACCAUUAUUCUUGCGCGUUGGAACCGGGCGAAAAGAUGUUCCAAAAUUGAGACAGACGGAUAUAAGUUUUGCGUUAACAGCGGUACUGAAUACCCUAUGGCCUCCGACUACGAAGACAAUACCAUUAACCGUUCAGACGUUAAAAACCACUACGGAUGCAAGACCCGGUAGUUUAACGUUUGCAGCAAGAGAUUCGAAAACGUUAACUAAAACGUCAUUAACUUUGUAUCAGGUUGCCUUCUUAGCCCUUAAGAUUAUGACAAUAUGCUUUGAAACUGAAUUGAAGAUCGAAUGGCCAAAGAUCUUGCGUACCAUGCGCUUGCUAAACAAACGAAAUGAGGCUUCCAUAUACUUGUGGAACUUUAUAGAAUUCGUCGUUACUCACCGGACGGCCCUAUAUAUCCAAAUGUUGCCAUUCAUUGUCCACAAGGUUGGUCAAACGCCUAUUUCCGAUCACGAAAGAACUAUGCAUAGUAUCAUACGUGAGAAAAUCAACGGCAAUGCUACGACCGUGCCUAAAUCUCGUGGAACUCUCCUGACAGAUCUAAUUCACGAGCUGAAGGAUUUGAAAGAGGAAAUAGAAAAUCGGCGAUUCGAUGAACUACAACCGGAGCCAAAACGAAGCGUCGCGGAUAUGCAUGCGACCGAGGGUCAACCUCGUACACAGAGACCAUCUUUACUGAUUGAACUAUUAACCGGCGAUUUGGGAUCUCGAACUCACAUGAAUCGGACCCCAGCGGAAACUCCGAUAUCUCAUUCGGCCGUAUCUCAAUCGAUACCUCAUUCCGCUCUACAAACGGGCCACUCGAGUAGCGCUGUUAAGAUAUCAGCACCUAUGCAAAUAUAUACCCCGUCGAAUGGUACACAGAUUGCUCGUGGAUCUAUUUCGAGUGCCAGCAUAGGAUCUUCGACAUUGCGCGAGACAAAUGACAUGGCCAUCGGAGAAUUAAAUGGCGAACGACAAGCACCCACAGAUAGAUCCCAACCAUCUUCUACUAGCGAUGAACGUAACCAUGUUAAGCCUCAUCCUAUAUUACUUCAUCAAAAGGCGCCAAAACUGCGCUUUGUAUCUUCUGUAGAGUAUAGAAACUCAUCAGGGGAGACUGUAAUGAGUCAAUUGAGCCCGAGCAGUCCGAACGAAGACAGCUCAGGCGAGUCCCGUCCAGACAGGCCUCGAUUGCAACGCUCCAUGGGACAAAGCAAGAGGACGUUCCGCCUGAGAAAGAGUCGAAAAUCUCACGUUGAGAUGAAGCAAGAACAAAAGGAUAUGCCAAGCAACCAUAGUACAGUUCAGGCACCAUUGACUCCAGCAAUGGAGCCCUCUGUCUUUAGCAUACCUUCUGACUCUUCCUCGAUUCGCUCAAGGCGUAGCUUGUCUAUACGACAAUCGGACGGUGAUAGGGGUAACAAUAUGGAUCAACAACAAUUCCACGCGUUACAACUUCAGAACUACCACCACCAUUAUCGCCAUCAUCACCUUCAUCCCCAAAUGUCGGACGUUUCUUGGGAUGAGGACACCUCAAGCACAUCCGGUUAUCGCGAAUCCUAUAGCAUGCACCUGGAGAGCGUCAACAAUACUCGUGCCCAACCACCUCUGGCAUCGCCAGAUUUAAACGAUAUUCCUUCGACCAGUAGUACCACCACUAAUUACAUGGCCUUUGACGGUAGUUCGCCCGAUUGUUCAAUUAACGGCAGUAACGGCGAGAAAACUAUGUCCCAACAUUCUCUUCUUAUGGUUUUCCCGAAUCAGGACGAGGAUACGUUAAUAUAAAUGAUAAAUACCUGUUUUCUUAGACGUUCUAAUCCUAACGCUUUAUCUCUUGCUCCUAACGACGACGUGUUAAAGAAGAAGAUGAGCGCAUUAAUAGACAAAUUAUUAUCAGUUAAGUUAUCCGAGAUCAUUGUAUGAUCGUACAAUACAAAUGUUAUAUCUCAAGUGGACGGUGUUCUUUAGGUGUUCUAACUUAAAAAGUAAACGAAAAUGUAUCAACAUGUUAAGAAAUAAAUGCAGGAACGGGUAGGAAAAAUAUCUACGAUGUACUCGGAAUCAGUAUGAAAUAAUUUUAAGUUAAAACCUGAUUUAAUUGCAUUAUAUAUUUCUCCGAAAGAAGGAGAUAAAGAUUACAAGGAUUUGGAAGAUCGUAUACGUUUCAUGUAUUCUCCGUUGUGCGGAAAGACCAAUUUAAAUUAUACGAGCGAUAAUAGCCCAAGUACUUCACGCUCCAAGUAUUUGUUAUACUCAUAAAAUAUACGCACAGAUACGGUGAACUCGGAAAUGACGAUUAGGCCAUCUGGAAUGGCCUAAAAUAUGUUUGUACGGGUUGUUGCUGUAUUACAAGAUACAUAAGCAACAUACAAUUUGGGAGACGUUACAUUUCAGAAUAAAGAUAGAAUGUAUGUACCUGCUGAUAAAUAUUCGCA